AGUUUGUUGCUGUUGCCUGAAGCGGUCACUGCCUCUCUGUUUUCCUUGUAGAAGUUAGAAAAACAAUAUUUCAGGGCACUCUUUUUUUUUGUAUUUCUCAGUGUUUUGCUUAACCUGCAGCGCUGCCUCAGGAUCUCGUGGAGAAACUUCUCUGGACUUAGAGAAAAGCAAGCCAAGAGAAGGCAGGGGGAGGAUUUUGCUGGAAACCUCUUUGGGAAGCUGGAGACUUUCUCGGGAUGCCUGCCGUGGGCUUGUUCUCCUCUAGCAGUUAUUCAGAUCUUCCCGGGCGAAGGCAGCUCUCCGCCACAAAGCAUCCGCAUUAAGCAGGUCUGUGAGGAGGGACAGGCGUGCUCUGAGGGACGCAGAUAGCAGCGGUGCUGUAACGAGCAGCCUUCGAGCGUUGCUGGCUCUGCCUGUGUCUCUAAGGUCCCCGCAGGGCUGGGGAACACAGCACCCUGCGCUCGCUAUGCCCCUCCACCGUCUAGCACUGGAGUUGGCUGUCAGAGAAACCUUCGAGGUCCCCUCCUCAGCCCCGGUAGUGUCAUGAGUUAGAUUAGUUGGAGCUGUGCUGGGGGCGGUGAGGGCUUGGAUUACAGUCCAGAACUCAAAGUGCUUCGGUGGUUCACGUCGGAGGGGAGAGGAGACGCCCCAUCGCACACAUGGAGGAAAAAGAGAAAAAACGCUGCCUUUGGAAGUGAGGGGGAAUAAAGAAGGCCGGGAACAUGGACUCGGAGUCGCUGGACGGUUGCAUUCAGAGUACGUUAUCAGCACUCUACCCUCCAUUUGAGGCUACCGCAGCCACUGUUCUGUGCCAAGUUUUUGAUGUGGUGGAGAAGACGUACCGUGGGGAUGGACUGCGCUACCUCAUAGACUUCCUGAUUCCAGCCAAGCACAUCCUGCAGUGCAUUCAGCAGGAUGCCUGUGUUCAGUACUGUGGCUUGCUGUUUCGCCAUGAGGGCUGGCCCCUGUGUAUUCAUGAGAAGAUUGUAGUCCAGCUGGCUUCCAUUGACUGGCGAAUCUUGAAGCCUGGUGACUUCUACCUGCAGGUGGUCCCCUAUCUGAAGAAGUCUCCACGGAUUGUAUUGAAAUGUCUGGCGAAAGACAAGCAUAAUGUAGAGGAAGUCGUGAUACCAGAAGUUUCCUAUACCUCUAUUUUUACUCUGGAAUGGUUGAGUACUUUCAAUGGAGAGCGGAUGGGUAUAGCACUGGAAAAUUGUUUACUAACCACUGAUGAUAAAAUAUUUCGUGUCCCCUGGGAUAAAGUGGUUAACCCUGAAUUUAUAAAUAAACCAAAAGUAAUUGAAAACAAUAUAAUCUCUCCAGAAAUAAUAGAGGAACAUUCAGUUUUGUGCCUCUCCAUGGACCAUGCUGAGUGCAGUUCAUCAGAUCUAGGAUCUCAGUAUCUACAGGAACAAAGUCCAAAUCAAGACAACCUGGUCAUUAGCAGCACAGUUCCACAGAUAAGUGAAGCUCCUGUCAAUGGUGUUUGUACAAGUCCUGUGCCUCAAGAGAACUUGAAAAGUGACCUUGAAGGGGAGUACGUUGAGCUGACAGAAGUGUCACUGUGCCGGUUUGGGCCACAAACAGGCUCUCUAACCGAGUCACUAGCUUUAAAUUAUCUAACUCAGCCCAGAACACGAGUGAAUGCAUCUAAAGGCAAGCACAGGUUUAUUGUCAUUCAAGACAGUACCUACUCCAAGAACUUAAUUCAGUCAGCACUUAUGCAGAAGGAGCACUGUCAAAUGGACACUCUGAGGACGACUUCUACAGAAGUUCUCAAAAAUGUAAUUCCAUUGGAAAGUGACAAGAUGAUGGUACAUGAAGAGCUGUCUCCAGAAGGUGAGCUGAUACCAGGUGGCCCUGGAAACAUGGGGAAUAGCUUUCCGAUGGCUGAUUCUCCUGCCUGCAGUGCAGAGGAUUCAUCUGCAGAGCAGGAGACCCGCAGCGAACACUCAACUGAUUGGCGAUAUGCACUGUGCAGCUACAGUGACAUGGGUGCUGGAGAUGGUGUCAACUGCAAAGCACAAAUGCCUGGUGUACCUGGAAACAUGGAAGGAGAAAGUGAUGGUCCUAGCGGAAAUCCUGGUGUUGGAAUGUUGGAGCAGAGCCUAGAAACAGUUCUAGAUGCUGCUGCUGCUAAAGAGGAGGAGAUGCUGAGAGUACAUGGAGAACCACUGACCGAGGGUCAAAAUGAGGUGACACAGAUGGAUGCCUCUUCUGUGUCUGUCCUAGGGCCUUUGGGACCAUGUUGCACACUGAAGGAAGGUUCUGAUGUUUCAUGCCAGAGUGUUAGUGAAAGUGUUAUGCCAGACCAGGCCACUCCAUUGUUUAUCACACCUGAGAGUUCGGAGGUAGAUGUGGAGAGAGGCUCUCCCUCAGGGAGCAUGGCAGCCAUAGGAGCAGUCAGUGCUCUCUGUGGUGAUCAGGAAGUAAAUCUUAGUUCUCCAUUAAAUCCUCCAGCACAGAGCCAAGGAGAAGUAGAUGCAUUUGAGCUGGGAAGAAGGGACAGCCCAAAGGAAGUCGAAGAGAUUGAACAAAUAUUGACUGUAAAUGACAAUCAGACUAGUCAUAAUCACUGUUCUGACAAAGCUCCUACCGAUGGACUCUUGUCAGAUGAAGUGCAAAAAGUCUCUGCCUGUCAACAUAAGAAAGCUGAAGAAGCUGGUCUGUCAGCAGAGAAUGAUCAGACAGCAGAACAGUUGAAUAACAGUGACUCUUUGAUGGGCCCUGAUGCACAAGCAGAAAGCUCAAGUCCAUUCAGAACCCAGAGGUCUGGAGAGCUGUGUGAGGAACCACAGAGACUGGCAGAAAACCAGGACGGUAAAAGUGAAGAGAACACUGUGCUGAACCCAGAGUGUAUUACAGUGCAGGACUUGCAGGGAGGAGAGGAGAACCGGGGGAGGUUUUCUUAUGAGGAAAAGUCAAAGACUGUAGCCUUAAAAACACUGGAAUCCAUUGAAGAGGAACUGGAGGUUGGACCACUGUCCUCAGGAGUCACUGAGGGGCAUAUAGAGCUCACUGGUCUGCACUCCCACCAAGAGGCAGCUUCUAGAGCAUCAUCUCCUAAAGGGAUGGUGUCAGAAGGGGUGUCAGAGACAAGAAAAGAAGCAAUUGGCACAGAUGUGUUGAAACCAGUGAGUAAAGUCAGUGUCCUGGAGGAAACCUCAACACCUAUCACUCCCCCAACAUCCCCAGCUUCUGUGACUGCCUGGGGUGGUCGCUCUGCACCUACCAUAGUCAAGGAUGUGAACCCAGAAGUGCUCAGGAGCGGAGUUGCCUGCCUGCCAGGUACCAGAGAUAAAUCAGGACGUGCAGUGGCCAUAAUAACAACAAGGAACACAGCCUGGUUAAACCCUCACUGCAAUACCACUGAGCUUGUACGCCUUCUUCUGUACUUGCAUAGCAUCCCAAGACCAGAAUGUCAGGCUUUGGGUCUGACUGUUCUUGUGGAUGCUCGUCGCUGUUCACCAGUUCCUGCUCUCUUCAAGGCAUUCAGCAUAUUGCAGGACAUAGAUCCUCAUUGCAUUCAUGGAGUACUGCUUCUGGUUGAAAGAGAUCUGACCUUUCGGAUGGAGAAGCCACCAGCAGGACAGUUUGAACUUCUCACCUCCAUGAAAUCCCUCCAUAAGCACAUAGACAGCUCACAGCUGCCUCUAGAACUGGAUGGGACCUUCCCUUAUUGCCACCGGGACUGGUUAAGCUUCCGCAUGAAGCUGGAACACCUGCUACAAGGAUGCCAAGGUGCUUGUGCCUUCCUCCAAGGAGCUAUUCAUAAAGUGGAACCUGGAAAAUUACCAGAUAGAUCUGAGGAGGCAGCUGUGCUGCUGAGAAAUUACAGACAGUUGAUGAAGAACGUUCUUGAAGAUGCACGGCUGGUCAGGCUGCAGCUGGAGGGUGGAGCGCUCCUGGCCAGACUGAAGAAAGAGGAAUCUUGUGUCACCCUUACCCGUGACUACAGAGACGCACUUGAUGCUGCCAGUGUGCUUUAUAAUCGAGUUGAUGAGGGCGUGCACCGACUGGUGAUGCUGUCAAACAAACGCAUCCAGGAACUGGAGCUGGUGAUGGAGUUCGAGAAAGUGGAAGAGUGUUUUAAGGAGGUCAGCAGUUGGAUUGAGAAUGUUGGCAGAAAACGGCUAAAGGAAACAAUCAACUUGGAUGAUUCUUUGGAGAUGCUGCUUCAAGCACAAAAGCAGUUCAGGGAGUUUGAUCUUGUUGCCAGUGAAUAUUGCAGAAGGGGGCAGGAAGCACUAAAGAAGAUGGAUCGAUGGGAAGACUUUUCCUCUGUGGAUGUACAUUCUUACAGGGUAAAGCUGCAGACCUACAGAGAUCAACUGGAGGAGUUCUGCACUCAACUGGAUGAAAACAGGCACCGAAUCUGUGAGACAGUCAGGCUGUAUGAAUUCUUUGACAAGGUGUACGAGUGGGCCUUGGAAGGGAUGCGACACCUUGCCUGCAUCAGCAUGGAGGACUGCAGCUCUGCUGAACACUGUGCAGGUGUGAUCAAGUGCCUGGAGAGUUACAAGGGGCAGCACCCCGACAUCAGCGAUGCCCGGUUCCAGGAGAUGAAGGAUUUGGCCUGUGAGCUGAAGAGCGACAAGGGGCUCAAGCAGUGGAAAUUCGCAUGGUCCAAAUGCCAGGAGACCAAGCUGGUUUUUGAAAAGAAACUCGAAGCAGCUUUGAGAACAAGGAGGUCUCUGCUGUCGGACCACAAAGCAGCUGCCGGGGAGCAGCCCCGGGCCGUCAGUGAGGCUGGCAGUCUGUCCCACCGGAGGCACUCCGAGGGGGCCACCUCCGGGUCCCACUGGGACAGGACUUACAGCACAUCCCAUGGCUACAACAGGCCCAACUGCUCUCCGGGGUGGACUAAGGAGAAAGCUCCCUCGCCCUCCCUGAGCUGCCCUGGCGAUGUCAGUGCUGGGGAAGAAUUUGCCUGCCAAGCUGCUCUGAGCCCUGGUCCUCACUCAGGCAGAGUUUCUUUUGCCAGCGGUGCCUCCAAGUCUCCUAAACUGCCUGAAGAAAAGCCAAACCUGGAGAGCAUAUUAGAAACCUUGGAGGUGAAGCCAUCGUGCACGUCCACUUCAGCCUCUGGGAAGCUGCCUCCCAGGAGGAUGCUCCGGAAAGCCCAGAGCUUUGACCUCCCGUGUGGCGAGAGCCUGUGGUCAGGCUGCCAGAGGACACUGAGCGAGCCGGCCAGAUACGGCAACACCGGCGUCUUUAUUAAGGGACUGGAGGUGAGCAGCACUGAGCUGGUGGACAGGACUUUCGCCCUGCGGCAGCAAGCAGCUCACAGUUGGGCUGCGGACUGCCUGCUGGAGGGACAGAGGGGCUGCCUCUCUGCCUCGGAAGCCAAGAGCUGGGGCAGCAAGCUGCGGCACAUCAUUGAUGAGAUGGUAACUACAGAGCGGGAAUACGUGAGGUCGCUUUGCUACAUCAUCGAUAGCUACUUCCCUGAGAUGGAGCGCCUUGACCUUCCCCAGGACCUGCGUGGGAAGCGCAGCGUCAUUUUUGGGAACCUGGAAAAACUCUACGACUUCCACAGCCAGUACUUCCUGCGAGAGCUCGAGAGCUGCUGCAACCACCCGCUGCGGGUCAGCCACUGCUUCCUCCGACACAAAGACCAGUUUGGGAUGUACGCGUUGUACAGCAAGAACAAGCCGAAGUCAGACUCGCUGCUGGCCAGCCAUGGGAAUACCUUCUUCAAGUUCAAGCAGGUGCAGCUUGGGGACAAGAUGGACCUGGCCUCCUACCUGCUGAAACCCAUCCAGCGAAUGAGCAAAUAUGCCUUGCUUCUGAAGGACCUGAUAAAGGAGUGCAGCGAGGCACAAGAGCAGGAGCUGGGCUACCUCCGUGCGGCUGAGGAGAUGGUGAAGUUUCAGCUCCGCCAUGGAAAUGACCUGCUGGCCAUGGAUGCCAUCCGUGACUGUGACGUGAACCUGAAGGAGCAGGGGCAACUGGUGCGACAGGACGAGUUCACCAUCUGGCUGGGUCGUAGGAAGUGCCAGCGGCACGUUUUCCUCUUUGAGGACCUGAUCCUUUUCAGCAAGCCCAAGAGGAUCGAGGGUGGCUUUGAUGUGUAUAUCUACAAGCGUUCCUUCAAGACUGCAGACAUUGGUUUGACAGAGAACUCUGGAGACAGUGGCCUGCGCUUUGAGAUCUGGUUCCGAAGGCGAAAGUCCAGUGACACCUACAUCCUCCAGGCCAGCUCAGCUGAGACUAAGCAGGCCUGGACCAGUGACAUUGCCAAGAUCCUGUGGCAGCAGGCAGCCCGCAAUAAAGGUGUGAUUCCUUCCUGGGGCGUCUGUGCCGCAAAAGAAAUCCGUAUGCAGGAGAUGGUCUCCAUGGGCGUGGGCAACAAGCCCUUCCUGGAUAUCAAGCCCAGCGAGGCAGCUAUCAAUGACCGUGCCAUUGAUUACAUCAUGAAAGGCAGAGGCGCCAGGACCAGAGCAUCGAUCGCCGUGUCUCUGUUUGACCAUUCCAACCCGUACAAGAGGACACAGGCGCAGCUCUCUGCUGGCAGCACCCCCGCAGCCUACAGUCCUUCCUCCUCCUCCCUGCUGGGGCCUCUCAACCUCCACAUGUACCUGGACCAGGCUCUACUGCCAGGUGUCCUGGCCCCCAGCCGCCCCUUUGACAUCGGCACCUGCAUCGAGGAAGACGAGCUGGAGCACGAGACAAGCAGCCAGCCAUCGCUGACAACAGAGAGCUCAGAGUCAUCGCAUUGCAUGUCAGGCAGCGGCUCCAGUGGCUCCGACAGUGGCUGUGUCUCCAGCAUCCCCCAAGAAAGCUUCUGUGAAGAGAUGGGCUCACCCCCCUACAUGCCCCUAGGCUCCCAACACAGCUCUGCAAUGGAGGAGAAACCCAGGUUCACAAACAGCCAGUACAUUUCUGCAGUAAGUGCAAGCAGCCAAAAUACUCUCUUCGCUUUGCCUGUUCCUGCAACUGCCUCCCUGGUUCAAGCUGCUGCCUCUCAUGGCGGGGCUGAAGAUGCUGCUUUCGGGCUAGGAGUCACUGUGGGGAAGUGACCAUUCCUCUCGCAGAGACUUGCCACCUCUGGGGUGGGUGGAAGCCCAUCUCUUGAGAGAGCCUCCCCAGGGGUGGCCCUGAGGAGGUGUCCUGGGAAGGACCUGCAGUGCUGGAGGCUACACCAGGAGGGGAUGCACACACAGGAGCUGUAAUGCUGUCAAGGGCUGGGGUACAUUUGUAACCUCCUGGGAUGGGUGGAGCUCUGCUGCCGAUGCUGCUGAGCUCCUUUCCUGGGAGGUUUGGGCCUUCUGGGAGCGAUGAGAUGGAGGAGUGGGAGCCUGUUGCUCUGAGGUGUCAGCGUGUCUCCUCUUAUGUUUCUGAGAGCUCUCAGCUGCUUCCCUUCCCACUAGAUCGUGUCCUGAUGCUGUUGUCCUCUAACCCUGUACUAAUGCUGGCUUCUCUCCUCUGCAGAAAGCAGGCCAGGUCACCAUAAGUCCCUCGACAAUAGUGUGAGCCCCUCUGCACACGUAUACCGCCUAAGGAAGUGGAGUUGUUGUAAGUAGCCCCUGUGGGGGAUUUUCCAGCAACUCUGAGUGCUGGUCAGGUUUGUCAGUAGCGCUGAGUCAGGAGAACCUCACCCUCUGCUUCUCGAUGAGAAGUUUUCCGUGUGUUCCCGACAGGUCUCUGGGGCUCUCAUUCAACAAGUGAGAGCAGACCAGCUCCCACAGGGGCGGCUCCUGUGGAGCCGUCAGCCUCCCUGGUUUGAAGAAGCGAAGUCAUUUCAGGUAGUUGAGGCUUGAGCACCACCCAGUCAUCAGUGUUCAGAUGAGCUGCUUCCCCCCAAAUGCUGCCCAGCUGUCUAACCACUAAUCUGUUUCUUGUGGCUGUUUGCUGGAAUCCUGCUCUUAAUUUCUCUGAACUGCUUUGGGGGAUCCACGGUGUUCUCCCCAAGCUGGAUUUAUCCCACUGUUUCCUUUGAACCUCCAAAGGAAACUGCACAUUGCCAGGAGGAGGAACUUGCUAGGUUAGGGUCUGGAUGUCCCAAGGGAGCUGCUGGAUGUUGCUCCUGUACUUCACUUACUGAUUUCUGGAGGGUGCCUCGUCUGCAAGGAAGUCGCUCUUGUUCUGAGGAGGGCUGAGCCCUGCAAGGUUCACAGCAGGGCAUCCCAUGUGUGGGUGGCAGCCCUUGGGAAGUCACGUCACAGCUCACUCAGACUCAGCGUUUUCCUCUCUGGCCUUAGGACUGAGCCCCCUUUUUCCUAGGGAGCAGAGGGGUAUGAACAUGAGAGGAAGGACUAGGACUGGAAUGGCCAAGGCACAGGGUGGUGAGGAGGUUUGGUGCUGGGGGGGUGUUACGAGCACACGACUUGAGAUCUGCAGGUACAGGAGUUUGUAACCAGGCAGACAGAAUGAGCCAAGGUUAAAACUGAAGGUCCAGAGCCCCUUUUGGGGGGGGGGGGGUGUGUGUCACAGACAAGACUUUGGAAAUGGCUUCACAGAGCCUUUGGGUGAGGCCUGGGGUGUAGAGGCAGCCCACUGCAUCGAGGAGGAGCCAUGCUUCCCCUGUUAAAGCUCUUCAGUAAAACAUUCUUUCCCCACCAAAAUGCACCUCUGACAAACGGUGGUUUUCAAACGUUUUGCAAAAUCACUGCUGGCCUGGACAGAGGGACCUGUGGGAUCCUGCCACAUGGCAGGAGUGCAGCCAAUCUAACCCAUUGCACGGUGCUGUGUUCCAGGUUUGAUUGCCAUUUCAAACUCACCGAAGACCCCAGGCCUCUGACCAGCAGAAGGAGACAGUCUUCACCCGUGAAGAUACAUUAUUUUUUUUUACACAUAAUCAGGCGCUUUCACACAGCUCCAAACCUGACCUCUGGCUGGGGGGGGAGUCCCAAGAAAGUAUCUGUCAAUGACAUAUAAUAGCUUUGGUGUUGGAUGGGACCUUGGGCAUUCAAAACUUGUUAGCCCUAUAUUUAUGAGUAAUAAGUAACAUAGCAGUUUG